CACAGACCGGAGUUUUCCGUGGCUGAGAUACGUAAUUUGGCUUGGUUCCUGCCUGGCUUUUGCACCCACUUUCGUCAGUCUCUCGGCGCAAUAAUAAUACUUAUUUGGUAGUCAAACAGGACGAGUGGCUUUUGUUGACAUCUACGCAAUCUGCUUACUUGCUGUGACUCUCUUCUCGAGCAAACAGCCAUUUCGCAACCACCUCGCAACCACUUCGCAGCCCCUCUCUGCGGGAAAACACACCAGUUUACCGCACUUGGAACCCAGCGCAUUUUAGGCGAACCCGACGCCGCAGACACUUACCCCGUGGAGAUUUAACCACCACCGACACCUCUCGGGCGCGUCAUAUUCCUUAGCCGCCAUGGUAGUCGAUACAGCAUACUACGACAUCCUGGGCGUCCAGCCGACGGCCACCGAGCUCGAUAUCAAGAAGGCCUACCGCAAGCUCGCCAUUAUACACCACCCCGACAAGAACCCGAAUGAUCCCACCGCCCACGCCAAGUUCCAGGAAAUCGGCGAAGCCUAUCAAGUGCUAUCCAACGAUGACCUGCGAAAAGCCUACGACAAGUUUGGCAAGGAGUCGGCUCGCCCCUCCGAGGGCUUCGUCGACCCGGCCGAAUUCUUCACAAGUAUCUUCGGCGGCGAGGCGUUUAUGAAUUGGAUCGGCGAGAUCAGCCUCAUGAAGGACCUGACCGCCACCAUGGACAUUACCAUGACCGCUGCCGAAGAGGAAGAGCAAGAGGCGGCCGCCGCAGCAGCAGCCGCCGCGGCAGCCGGAGGGACACAAGAAACAGCGGGCCAAUCAUCCGAAGACGACGAGUUCCCCGACACAGAAAAGGCGAAGCGGGAGAGCAUGAAGGCUACCGAGGCCGGCUACGCCGCUGAGUCAUCGAGCGAGAAGAAGAAACCCAUACCGACCGUCGUGGUCGACGACGAGAAGAUGGCCGAGCAGAACGACGCCCCACCCCCUUACAGCAAAGAGGCCUCUCCGGGCCCCAGUUCCAGGGCGACAACGCCGCUCGGCGGUCGCACCCAGAUCCCCAUCCGACCCGCCAUCAUGGACCGGCCGUCCGACGACGCCGCGGGCGAUGACUCGGCGUCGCACGACGGGAAGCGCAAGGACAAGAAGUCCAAAUCAGGCAUGUCCAAGGAGCAAAGGGAGAAACUGGCAGCCUACGAGAAAGAGCGCGCCAGGAUCCGGCAGGAGCGCGUCGACAUGCUGGCGCAGAAGCUGCUGGACCGGCUGUCGGUGUGGACGGAGACGGACAGGGGCAAGGACGUGACGGCGGCGUUCCAGGAGAAGACGCGGCUCGAGGUGGAGGAGCUCAAGAUGGAGUCGUUCGGCAUCGACAUCCUGCACGCGAUCGGGGCCACCUACGUCAGCAAGGCGACGGCGCUGCUGCGCAGCCAGAAGUUCUUCGGCAUGGGCGGCUUCCUCAGCCGCAUGAAGGACAAGGGCACGCUGGUCAAGGACACGUGGAACACCAUCAGCAGCGCCAUCGACGCCCAGCAGACCAUGGAGGAGAUGGCCCGCCUCGAGGAGCAGGGCGGCGACGACUGGACCGACGAGAAGAAGUCCGAGUACGAGCGCCGCGUCACCGGCAAGAUCCUGACCGCCGCCUGGCGCGGGAGCAGGUUCGAGAUCCAGAGCGUCCUGCGCGACGUGUGCGACGCCGUCCUCAACGACAAGAAGGUCCCGCUAGGCAAACGCCUCGAGCGCGCCGAGGGACUCGUCCUAGUCGGCCAGAUCUGCGCGAACGCCAAGCGCAGCCCCGAAGAAGAGGGCGAUUACAUGGCCUUCGAGCAGCUCGUCGCCGAGGCCGCCAUGAAGAAGGAGAAGGAGUCUAAGAAGAAGGGCAAGGACAAGAAGGACGACAGCGGCAAGAAGGACGCUGCCGGCCCCGGCCCCAGCCCCGGCGACAAGGCCUGGCAGGACGCGGCGGCGGCCGCCGCGGGCGACGUGCCUAAUGUGCCGAAGGGGUCUUCAUCAUAGGUUGAAAAGGGGGGAGGGGGGCAAGAUGGAAAUGUGUGGAUGGAGGGUUGG